ACCGAGAUCUGAUAAGGCCAGUUGUCAACUUGCUCUUAUCUAGCCCUCUGUAUGUGUUCCCUAUAGGUCUGAUUGUAAGCCUACCUCCUGGGUCACCACUUGUGAACACCAACUAAUCAUACCUAUAAUAAUUAUACAAUAAAUCACUUCGAGCAGAGACGAUUAACAUUUCUGGUUGCUCUCUCGUCUAGUGUAAUGGUGAAUACUAUAAUAGUACGUAACAAAAUUCUUUGUUACCCAUUAACUCUCCUGGCUCUCUACACUGUUGAACCAUGGGCUUGCCAGUCUCCUUUCAUCUACAUUCCUCGUGAGAGCCCCUGCUACACUGCUGGGCUGGAGCACACACCGCCGCUGGCACGCACUAUCAGCGCCUGAAUACUGCCAGAUUUCCUCGCCAAAGUAUCACGGCUCGCCAUCACAGCCAAAAUGGAGAUAUAGUGAGCGAAGUGCAUGAUCUGCAUCCGUCCGUCCCAAGAAACGUUGGUGGAAAAUAUUAAAGUGAGAGAACCCACUGGGAAGCACUCUUCACUCGCGUAACCAUCCAGUGCAACAGUUUACAAUGUACCGUGGAAGUCGACCGCUGGGUGUCCCUUCCUAGUGUGACGUCCGUAACUGACUCCAUCAAACUUCAAUACACAAGUGGACAGCAGGAAGCUCGUGGAGGGAGGAUGAUGUCUGGCCUCGUGCUGCCCCGUCUGCAGGGCGUCAAGGCUCUUCUGAGCGUCAGGGGCUUUCAGGUUGUGACAGGGAAGGCCCUCACAGGCAGGCCAGUGACUAACGUCAAGUGUCCUCCCUUCAGUCACCCAGCAGGACAUGCAAGGUGUGGCUCUACAAGCAGCCUCUAUGAUCAUGACGCCCUCAGGUCACAUUUCCACAAACACCUCAAGACUCCAGAAUAUUUUAACUUCGCCAAAGAUAUUGUUGGCGUCUGGGCUCAUAAGAAGCCAGGACACCCGGCGCUACGGGUGACGGACGGGAGGGAGGAGACUCUGGUGACCUACAGUGAGCUGUUCAGCCAGGCCCAGGCGCUGGCCACGGCCCUGGCUCACCCGGCUCCACCCCGCUGUGCACUCCUCGUCCUGCCCAAGGUGGUCGAGUGGUGGGUCGUCUGUGUGGCUGCGUCUUGGUGCGGAAUGAUAAUAUCUCCUGGCACAAGUUUGUUAACGCCGGGAGAUGUGGUCCACCGUCUGGCGGAGAGCGAGGCUGACUGUGUGGUGUGCGGGCCAGCCAUGGCGGCCGCCUUGGACCCCGUCACCCGCUCCAUCCCUCGCAGGCUGGUCGUCACUCAUCACUCUCAACAUGUUCCAGAUGGUUGGAUCUGGUAUCAAGAUCUGUUGGAGUCUGCUAGAGGGAGGCCGACGAGGCCUUGUGUUCUCAGCAGAGGGGAUGACAUUGCUCAGAUCUUCUUCACCUCCGGGACAACAGGCAAACCCAAAAUGGUUCCACAUACUCAGGCGAGCUACGGCAUUGGCCUCGCACCAGCAGCCAGAUUUUGGCUUGACCUGACUGAAGACGAUGUUUUGUGGAAUAUAUCGGACCCUGGCUGGGCUAAGUCAGCUUGGAGCAGUCUCUACAUCCCAUUUAUGGUCGGCGCCACCGUCUUCGUUCACCAAAUGGCACAGUUUGACCCCGAGGAGUGCGUGAGGGCUCUGAGGGAGCACCGGGUGACUGUGCUGUGCGCCCCGCCCACCGCCUACCGCGCCCUACUCCAGCUCGACUUGACUCGCCAGACCUUCCCUUCCCUGAGGCACUGUGUGAGUGCUGGCGAGCCUCUCAACCCUGAGGCCAUGCAGCUGUGGCAGCGCUCUACAGGUGUCGCCAUCUAUGAGGGCUACGGGCAGACAGAGACGACCCUGGUGGCGUGUGCGGCCAGAGGUAUGGGCGCCCCUCCUGGCUCCAUGGGCAAGGCUGCACCCGGCUACACUCUCACCAUCAUCGACGAGAAGCAGCAGGAGUUGGGACCAAAUGAAGAGGGUUACAUCGCUGUCUCUCUGAAGGAUCACCACCCUAUUGGGCUAUUUACAGGAUACUUGCAAGACGAGAGGAGGAGCUCGGAGGUGUUUGUUGGCGGGUACUACAUAACAGGCGACCGCGGCUACUACGACGACCGCGGCUUCUUCUGGUUUGUUGGACGCGCUGACGACCUCAUCAUCUCUGCUGGGUAUCGCAUCGGACCGUUUGAGGUGGAAUCUGCCUUACUGGAGCACCCAGCAGUUGUGGAGUCAGCUGUAGUGUCGUCCCCCGACGCUCUGAGGGGUGAGGUGGUGAAGGCAUUUGUGGUGCUGGCCGCCGACUACAAGGACCAGGAGCCUGCGGACCUGGUGGUGGCGCUGCAGGAUCACGUCAAGCGCUCCACCGCUCCCUACAAAUACCCAAGGAAGGUGGAGUUCGUGGACGCCCUCCCCAAGACUGUGAGCGGGAAGAUACGACGAGUUGAACUAAGGAGCAGGGAGUGGGGCAGGGCCUGAACCUCUCCUCUUUGGCCAUAUGGCCACCUACCUAACACACUAGACAAUUAUGGCCAGCCACCUAACACACUAGACAAUUAUGGCCAGCCACCUAACACACUAGACAAUUAUGGCCAGCCACCUAACACACUAGACAAUUAUGGCCAGCCACCUAACACACUAGACAAUUAUGGCCACCUACCUAACACACUAGACAAUUAUGGCCACCUACCUAACACACUAGACAAUUAUGGCCAGCCACCUAACAUACUAGACAUUUAUAUAUCAAUAUAUGCUUUCAGUCUAUACUCUAUAAUGUAUUGAGAAUAUAUAUUGUUACAUAUUA